UCUGUGACAUGACACUGACAGUGAAGCGACUGCUUUUUGUUUUUUGCAAAAAUAAACUGAAUUUCUGAAUGCUUCAUUCGUGUAAUUUUCCAACAUAAUUUCAUAAAUUACUCAGAUGUGAUUGACUUGAAACUUGCACAGAAAAUAUAAAUUCUUUUAUAUGUUCAUAACCUCGAUUAUCAGAGUAAAGUAUUCAAUCGUUUAUUUAAAGGCAAUACAAAAUGACUUCUGAAAAAGAUCCUUUAGCUAGUGAAAGGUCUGGAACUGUUAGGGAAGUUGGCAACCAUGCUAUAUGGAGUUUGUCCUCCUGCAAACCAGGAUUUGGUAUUGAUCAAUUAAGAGAUGAUUGUAUGGACACUUACUGGCAAUCAGAUGGUCAACUGCCGCACUUAGUUAACAUCCAGUUUCAAAGAAAAACCAUGGUUUCACAUAUUUACAUUUAUACUGAUUAUAAAUUGGAUGAGAGUUAUACCCCAAGCAGAAUCUCUAUACGAGCCGGAACACAUUUCAAUGACCUACAGGAAAUAGAAGUAAUUGAAUUAAUAGAACCCAGUGGUUGGGAAAUGAUACCAAUCAAGGAUAUCCAUGAUAGACCAAUCAGAACAUAUAUGAUACAAAUAGCAGUACUGAGCAACCACCAAAAUGGAAGAGACACACAUAUGAGGCAAAUAAAAAUACAUUCCCCAUGUGAACCAACUUCAUUUGAUAUCAACAAAUUUAGAAAUUUUUCAACUGUACAAUUUCAGCAAUAUGCUACAAUUCGAUAAAAUUAUAAUCUUAAAACAAUAAAGUUCUAACUUACAGCUGUAUCCAAAUUAAACUAUAAUUUAUAAAC